AUGUUUUUCUUGGGGGUCAUAACUAGCCUUUUGUCAUUGACAUAUGCUGCUCGCCACAACCACCGCCACAGAGCGGUUGCACAGCAGCCAAGUUCAACCAUCAAAGCCUCGCCUGCUAUUCCCACGAACUCCGGUUCCAGUGUUCCUAUUACGAUUGGGAACAAUGGCUUGAUUGGCUUGAUUGAAAUAGGCUCGCCUGGACAAAUGAUGGAUGUCCAGUUUGAUACCACAUUCAAUGGAGUAAUGGUUCAAUCUACUCUGGACGAGUCUAUUAUAGGCGCUGGUCUUACUUAUAAUCGCAGCGACUCCGCGUCAUAUAAUGUUUCCUUACCUUGGAAUAUUAUGGGUGGCCUGAUGACAGAGUACACGCAGAAAUUUGACAAUGACGCCUAUGCUAUAGCGUAUCCUGGCAAGGAGACAUUCAAUAUUGGGGGCACGCUUUACUCUGGCAUCCCAUUUGGCCAACUUAUACAGUAUUAUCAGAAAACUAGUGGCCAGAUUAUGCCCUUUGGCGGAGCAAGCGGUAUUAUUGGUUUGAAUUAUGGAUCGGAACAGCAGCCUGGGAUACAAAGUUUCAUGUUUGCAAUUCAUGAUCAGCUAUCAGGUAAGCCUCAGUUCAAAGCUCUAGGUGACCAUGCAUUUACGUUAAGCCUAGAAUGGAAAUGUGCCCUUGACUCAUCUCGCGCAUGGAAAAAUGGCACUUGGACCUUUGGAAGCCUAGAAAGCCUAGGUAACCGUGAUAGUAUCGCAUGGGCGGAUCGGAAUUUCUAUCCGCCUACAUGGAGUAUCAAUAUUACAGCAAUAUCAGCUGGCACCAGAAAGGAUCCUCCAAUCACUACCUGGUCUGCAACAGUGGCGACCGAAGAGCAGUCCCUUAUUUGGCCGCAAAAGCUCCUAGACUGGUACUUUGCGGAUAUUGACUCUACAUGGUCUCCAGCAGAUAAUACAUAUCGCUACCCAUGCAAUGCAACCCUUCCUGACUUUACAUUCGGCAUUGGUAAUGGGACAUUCACAAUUCCUAGUACUUAUAUGCCAUACCAGCGUGACCAAGCUGGUACUACUUGCAUUUCUAUCAUCACAGGGGACAACUCUACAGACCCGGGUCACGAAUACACCUUUGGUUCCUGGUGGGCCCAACUGGGGGUGUUGAUCCUUGACUACGAGCAUACCCAGGUGGGAUUUAUGAAUAAGUCGACGCCACUACCGACCUUUGGUACCUCUUCCUUGGAAAAGGUUGCAAUGAACUAG